GGAGAAUUACGGGACCCUCCUUAGGCAAAUGUUACCUAACACUCGUUGGGCAAACAGAGCCUGCAUAAAAUCCAGAGCCUGGACGGGUUCUCAUCCCUGACUCGUGGUCUCCGGUAGAGCAGAGAGGAAGGUCACGGCCGCCAUGGAGCCCAGGGUUAUCUGCGUCCUGCUGUUGGUCUCCAUACUGGCCCUCAGUUCCUUGGCCCAGGGCCAGCCGGAGACGUGCAUCGUGGAUCCUCACAAGAGGACGAACUGUGGCUCCCCGGGAAUCACGCCCUCCCAGUGCAAAGAUAAGGGCUGCUGCUUUGACAACACUGUGCGUGGAGUCCCGUGGUGCUUCUUCCCCGUGGCCGUGGACAACCCUCCCGAAGAGGAGUGCUCCUUCUAGACGCGCUUCGGCCGAACCUCGCCAAGAGCGGCCAUGGCCUCCCCGGUGGCCGGGAGCCCAGCCCUCGGGGCCUCCGCACCUGCACCAGCGCUCACUGCGUGGACGGACUCACACACUCCCCUGCUCGAAAUUGGCUUAAAGAUUAAAAGACAUGGAUGUUA